AUGCUUCUCCAGGAGUCAUAUCAUGAUGUUAAAACAACAGUUGCAGGGGAGGGGAGCAUGAUUACCGGGCCGGUUGCCCGUUUUGCACGCUUAAUUGCCGGCCAUGGCUAUAUCUGCGCCGCUCCAUCAAGCUAUCACGAGUUCACAGGGCCCGAGCCGUUGAAGUACGACGCAGAGGACACAGAUAAGGGUAACGUAUGGAAAAUCACUAAGAAAGUUGCCGCCUACGAUGAAGACGCAAAGCUGUGCAUCGAUUAUCUUGUCUCUCUUCCUACCUGUAAUGGGCGCAUUGGCGCCACGGGAAUGUGCCUGGGUGGGCACUUAGCAUAUCGUUGUGCGUUAGAUGAGCGGGUGAAAGCGGCUGUAUGUUUUUUUGCGACCGACAUUCACAGUAAGACCCUUGGCGAAGGGAAAAACGACGACAGUCUGCAGAGGGCAGGGGAUAUCAAAGGCGAAUUGGUUAUGAUAUUUGGCAAAAACGACACCCAUGUCCCACCGGCUGGGCGCAAUUUGAUUCGUGACACGCUUCAUGAAAAAGGAGUCUGCUUCAGCUUUUAUGAGGCAGCCUGGGCUCAGCACGCAUUUAUCAGAGAUGAAUUGAGCAAAGGCCGAUAUGACCCUGCAGUGACAAAAAUUUGCAUAGAGAUGAUGUUCGAAGUAUUUGGACGCACGCUCAAGGUCGAGCUGGGGGACUCGGAUGGAAAAGACCUGAAAGUAGAGCAUGUCUGCUAA